UAGGUCGUCGUAGGAUCGACUAAUCACGGCUAGCUUAGGCGAGUGCGCGCACCGGGACCACUGUUCUCGAGUAGUACCAUCGUAAAGCUCCUCGAACUCGCGCGCACAAAGUUCGGUCUUCGUAAAAUCGUAUGCGUGGGCGUUAUGGGUUUUAAUGAGCUCUGGGGUGAUGGUCACGGGGAUUGCAUAUUGAGGUAAACGGAAGUGAAGACUGCAGGCCACGGCCGCAUGCGCGGACAGAAAGCACGUCGGCGCAAUUCAAUGAGAGACGGCAAGGGUGGCAGGACCCUGGUUUUCUUCAAUUUAAGGGCAGCGAUCGCUCGUCCCGCCUCGGUCGACAGAUAACCAGAAGACAUUGGCAGCAAAGAAUACUUCAGUGGUCAGAAUCGACGUUUGCCAUCUUUCAAAGAUUAAAGGAGAACAUCACAGGGAACAGAUAUCACACAGAAUAUGUAAACACAUGGUGGAAUUACUGUGGAAUAUUUCUUCCGAGUAAGACUGUUAGCGAAAUAUCUCUACUUCUUCACUGUCUGGAAUGUUUUGAAGAUGAUAUGGUAUUCUAAUUAAACUUGGAUGACAAAGGAGUUUGAGGCAUCUUCAGAUAACAGAAGAUUCAGGAAAUAUAAAGAGAAUAAAUAUUUGUUAAUAAAAACAAAAUUUAGUUUGGAAAAAGUAAAACAUCUGAACAUUGUGGUAAGAGGAAGAAAAUGAUGGAAAACGAAUUCUGUGAAGGCGGCAGUGUUAAAUGUAAAUCAGAGUUGGACAAUAAUGAUUUUCUUGAUGAGAAGCGAAAAGACGGACGGCAAAAACCCUAUUCUUGUGAUAUAUGUAAAAUGUCAUUCUCUCAAAAAGGUAAUCUCAUUGUUCACAAACGUAUUCAUACAGGAGAGAAGCCAUUUGACUGUGACAUUUGUGGUGAAUCAUUCUCUCAAGCGCAUACCUUAACUAUACACAAACGUGUUCAUACAGGAGAAAAGCCAUAUCGGUGUGAUAUCUGUGGUAAAUCAUUCUCUCGAAGCAAUUACUUGACUACACACAAACUUGUUCAUGCAGGAGAGAAGCCAUAUCGGUGUGAUAUCUGUGGUAAAUCAUUCCCUGAAGGAAAUCGACUAUCUAGACACAAACGCAUUCAUACAGGGGAAAAGCCAUAUCACUGCGAUAUCUGUGGUAAAUCAUUCUCUCUAAGUGAUCUCUUAACUAAACACAAACGUGUUCAUACAGGAGAGAAGCCAUAUCGGUGUGACAUUUGUGGUCAAGUAUUUACUCAGAAACAUACUCUAAUUACACACAGACGUGUUCAUACAGGAGAGAAGCCAUAUCGGUGUGAUAUCUGUGGUAAAUCAUUCUCUGAUGGCAGUUGCUUCACUAGACACAAAUCUGUUCAUAUAAUAGAGGUGACAUACCACUGUGAUAUCUGUGGUAAAUCUUUCUUUCGAAGGGAUCACUUAGCUAAUCACAGACGUGUUCAUACAGGAGAAAAGCCAUAUCAGUGUGAGAUCUGUGAUAAAUCAUUUUCUAUAAAAAAUAGCUUGGCUAGACACAAACUUACACAUACGUGAGGAAAGCCAUAUCACUGUGAUAAAUCAUUCUCUCAAAAUAAUCAGCUAACUAAACACAAAUCCAUUCUUGCGGCUGAAAAAUCUAUAAUACAUCCUUCUUUCAAAAUGCUAACUUAACUAUAUACAUAAAUACAUUUUUGCAUGGGAGAAGCCAUAUCACUGUAAUAUCUUUAUAUAUAAAAGUGAAGUUGUGUAUCUGUCUCCUACGAUUUAGAUUCCUAACUACUCCCACAUU